GCGGGCACCGGAGACCCCGGUGGCGGCGGCGGCGGCCGGGGGAAACCGCGGGGCCGGUCAUGCGGCUGCGGGGCCCGCGGCCCGGAGCGUCCGCCCAGCCCUGAGAGAGGCCCCGCAGGGCGCCCCCCGCCGCUCAGGAUGAGCCACUGCAGCAGCCGCGCCCUGACCCUGCUGAGCAGCGUGUUCGGUGCCUGCGGCCUGCUCCUCGUGGGCAUCGCGGUCAGCACGGACUACUGGCUGUACAUGGAGGAGGGGACCGUUUUGCCGCAGAACCAGACCACCGAGGUCAAGAUGGCGCUGCACGCUGGCCUCUGGAGAGUCUGCUUCUUUGCAGGUCGGGAGAAGGGUCGCUGUGUGGCUUCCGAGUACUUCCUUGAGCCAGAGAUCAACUUGGUGACGGAGAACACGGAGAAUAUUCUGAAGACCGUGCGCACGGCCACGCCCUUCCCUAUGGUCAGUCUCUUCCUCGUGUUCACCGCCUUCGUCAUCAGCAACAUCGGCCACAUCCGACCUCAGAGGACCAUUCUGGCCUUCGUUUCCGGCAUCUUCUUCAUUUUGUCGGGCCUCUCCCUGGUGGUGGGCUUGGUUCUGUACAUCUCCAGCAUCAACGACGAGGUCAUGAACCGGCCCAGCAGCUCCGAGCAGUACUUUCACUAUCGUUACGGGUGGUCGUUUGCCUUCGCUGCUUCGUCUUUCCUUCUCAAAGAGGGGGCCGGCGUCAUGUCAGUGUACUUGUUCACCAAGCGCUACGCGGAGGAGGAGAUGUACCGCCCGCACCCGGCCUUCUACCGCCCGCGUCUCAGCGACUGCUCCGACUACUCGGGCCAGUUUCUGCAGCCCGAGGCGUGGCGUCGAGGCCGCAGCCCUUCGGACAUCUCCAGCGACGUCUCCAUCCAGAUGACGCAGAAUUACCCUCCAGCCAUCAAGUACCCCGACCACCUCCACAUCUCCACUUCACCGUGCUGAGGCCGGCCCCCCUCCCUCCCUCCUCCUCCUCCCCGUCCCCGGUGCCUCCCCCUGCAGCCCCAAUCCCUUAAGGGAUUCUGGGCUGAGGGGAUGCUGUGCCAUCUCCAGGCCCCAAACCGGCACCCUCAUUUCAAUGGCUCCACCCUCUCUGGUCCAUUAUGCUUUCGAAUGGUCCCCCCACCCCUACCCUCCACUCCCAGCCCACGGAGAGCCUGUUCCUUCUCCUGGUCCAUCCCCACCCGGUAUUUCCAAUCCGGUUUACUGUCCUCUUGGUGGUAUCUUGCACCUAGCUCCCCCAAAACCCUCCAGACUCCCGCUUCCAUGCAGGGGUGCUGGGCUGGAGAUUGGGUGUGAGGGCCACUAGAAAUGCCCUUGAACUCCCCCUCGAUUCUCUCCUAGUACAACACCUCGUGCCCUGCAGGUCGUUGGUGGCCGUGGGUGGGUGGGGAGAGGCUUGCUCUGCCCACAUCUGCUGGUUCUGUCAGGGGCUGCAGGGAUAUGACUGUAUGGCUUACCUUGACUUUUCUUUUUCUGUCGCCUCCGGGAGACUGCUUUCUCUCUUUCUUUUGUCCUCUGGAACUCUGGAAGGUGACUUUCUCCUUCUCCUUCUCCUUCUCCUCCUUCUUCUUCUCCUCCUCCCCUCCUUCUUCUUCAUUCUUUCUUUCUUCUUCUUCCCUCCUCCUCCUCCUCUUCCCUCCUCCUCCUCUUCCUCCCCCACUCCCCCUUUCCUUCCUCCACCUGCUCAUCCGAAGCCCCUAGGUGCAUCCAACCUCUCACACCAAACAAGGAUGGGACCCCAAGGUGGAGGGAGGUUCCUCAUACUAUCUCCACACCUGUGCCCGCCUCUCCCACCUCGAGGUCCCGUCGGGGGAGGGAGGGGCAGUAGCGGGGGUUCACACCCCC